GGCGGUGGAGGCGGCGACACAGGCACACACAGCCCUCGUAGAUGGCGGCGCGGCGUGGUCUCGCGGUCGGCGGUAGCGAGGCUGCCAAGGGGGUCUACUCCUGGGCGGCGUCCCCCGCGUGCGGUCGACGGCGAGGAGGCAAACCGGCAGAGCAGCCGAGCGCCAAGAUGGCUAGGAGCCACUAGCAGAUUCACGCAGCUGUCAUUCUGUACAAUUGCUACCAUAGAAACCUGUCUCCACAGCUUGAUUUUGCUGAUGUCAAACAAUUUUUACUGUGUGCUUCACUCUCUGUUGGAGAAGAUUUGUUUGCCUUCUCUAGUAUUGUCCAUGAAAAGAAUCCUGGGGAGGAUGUGAAGCCCUCUGUUACUGACAAAGCAGCUAUGGAUGCUUGUGUGGUUGCUGAAGCACUCUAUGGAAGUCAAGAUUUUCCAGACAUGUUAAAGUGGCCAAUAGCAAAAGUUGCUGUGCUUCUUCUCGACCCGACAAGAAAAAAAUGUUUGAUUGAGUAUAGUUCUGAUACCAAAGGUGUCUGGUCAAUGAUAGAGAAGAAAAUUGUUGCAUCAGCUGGUAAUUCACAUGGCAGCAACCAGUCUUUGCAAAGUCCGUAUAUGCUUCAGCAACUAGCAUUUACAGAGGUGGAUCGUAGAACAGGUAUGAAGCGCUCAAACUUGCGUCUUCUCGGUGAAGAUUUGGCAUACUCAUUGAGUACAAAAAGGACAACUGCCAUGUUAUUCAUUGUGGAGUAUAAGCAAACCAUGAACAGAUACCUUAGGGAAAUUCCUAUUCAAGAGUUGAUAUCCAGUAUGACUGGACCGUUAUUUGUAAAUGGUCCAUUUCCCAAAACAUCAUCUGUCGUUGAGCACUAUCAUAUUCUCCCUUAUAAGCAGAUUUUGAGGAAAUGGUCUUCUGAUGCUGCAGCGGAACAACAUGAAGCAAAUAGAAAGUCCAAGAUGCAAAAAGGAACUAGAAAAAUUUCAACACCAAAGCAAAACAAACAAGCAAUAAAAUCAGUUGUUACCAAUAGCAACACCAGCUGCAGCACCGACAAGGGCACGAAAAACAGCAAGAGAACAUAUGAAGCCGAGACCGCAGCGGCUUUGAACGUGGAGGAUCGGGAUGGUGAGAGCCCCGUGAGAGAAAAUUAUCCGCUCAUUUCUGUUGAUGUGGAUACUUCAAAACUACCAACUAAGCCUAGAAAUACAAAAGAAUCAGCAGCAACAAGUGGAGGAAAAAUCGUCCUACAAGCCGAUGUUCAAAUGGACAACAAAAAGACACAGAGGCAGUCUAUAUGUGAUGACAUCACCCCAGAUGUCUUUCCAACAAAGGCACCAAGCAUUGAUUAUGUAACCAAGAACAUUAUUUUGGAAGGUCAAAACAGGGGAGUUUCAGAAAAGUCAGGAGGCAUCACCGAGAACAACAUUGAUCAGAUGUAUGAUUCACUACAAUCAAUUCAGAAAAAGCGGGAUGAUCUUCUUCACAAGCAUCACAUACUUGCAGAACUUAGUGCUCAAUGUGAUAUGGACAUUCAGACAAUCUUGAGUGAAGGGAAGAUGACACAAAUUGUGAAAUCAAUAAUAGACAAAUAUAAGAACAUGGGCUCAAAUAUGGCAGAAGUUGCCAAUUCAUCUUGCUCUGGAGGUGACGGUCAAACCUUGACCACAAAGAGGAUCAAAUUGAGGGAGGCACCCCUCCUACGCAAUAAAUGUCAGGAGCUAGAUGAGAUCUCUCGUGACAGCAACUGGAUACUUCCCAGAUAUACAGUACUACCUUCAGAAGAUGGAAUGUUCCAGGCCAGUGUACAUCUGAGGGGCGUGGAUUUUGACUUGAGCAUCGAGGGUGGUCUUCGUAUGACCCCGCAAGAAGCAAGGUGGUCUGCGGCUGCCAACAUGAUACUCGAGCUUUCGAGGCAGGCAGAGGAAGAGAAGUCAGAGGAUGAAAGCACAAUAAGCGGAGUUGCCUGAUUGUCAGGUGGCUGAAAUGAAAAAACUGUGGUAGUCUCCUUAGUGCAAUAUUGAACCAAACUUGCUGAGGGAAAUAAUUGCCGUGUUCCAUUGUUUAUCUGUCUAUUUAACCUUGCAGAGGUUACUCGUGGACAUAAUCAUCUUGUUACCUGUUCUAGAUAUGUACUAGUGUUGAACCAAUUGAUAAGUGUAACAUGCGAUGCAAACAUGUUAUGUUAGGUUAGCAUAUUCAUAUUCA